AUGGAAGGCGGAGGCGAGGCAAAUGAGGGUGGCGGAAGUGACGUUGUCACCAUUAACAUACGUUUUUCUGCCUGCAAGAAGAUCGUCGUUCACGUGAGCCUGGAUUCGUCUGUCGAAUCGCUUAAGUCUGUGAUUGCAAAAAACUCUGAUGUGCGUGUGGAAGAGCAGCGUUUGAUCAAUAACGGCCGCCUUCUCAAAGACGAUCGCACUCUUAGGAGCUAUGAUUUGGAGGCAGAGCACAUUGUUUACUUGAUUCGUGUUUAUAUUCCUGUUGCAUCUGAAGACGAUACAACGAGUGGAUCUGAUACUUCAUCACCUUCUACAACUGAAUCGGAAACAAUGAGUGGUUAUCGUUAUUUAUCACCUUCUACAAUUGAUUUUAGUGCAAUUCCAGGGGUUGAACCAAUACAGCUACCAUGGGUUCAGAAUUCCGACAUGAGUCAAGAAAUGAUGGAUCAUCUAAUCACUAAUCCAGAUGCUGUACGCAACAUGGCAAUCAAUACUCCUGAAUCGCGUGAAGCUAUUGAUAGGGAUCCAGAUCUUGCACGCAUAUUCAAUGAUCCUGUCAUCUUCCGUAGCAUGGCUGAGUCUGCAGUCAUCAGCGAAGUGAUAGCCAGAGUUGGUGGUGCUGGUAGCGGCGGAGGUGGUGGUGGUGGUACUCCAAGUCACCUUGCUGGGACUGAUAGCUCUGCACCACCUGUUGACUUAGGUGGACCUGAGAUUCCAGGUCUAGAACGAAUGUUAGGUUUUACCCCUGAUCCCAUUGCAAUGAGUCAGCUUAUGCAAAGUCCAGCUAUGUCACAGUUCAUUCAGCGUCUCCUUUCAAACCCACACAACAUGAAUCCGAUACUCAAUCCCCAAUACAGAGAGAUAAUGCAAAACCCUGUCCUCACUAGUCAAAGUCAACUGACUUCACCAGAGACCAUGCAGGAAAUGUUGGCAUUGCAUCAAACUCUUUCCUACGUACUUGGUGAGGAACCAAUCACCAGAUGGGAUGCAGGUCAAACAAGUGGAGGCACAGGAACUCAAUCUCAGCCUUUUAGUGGAGAGGGAACAUCAGGCUCAACACCACCCAACAACAACUUGAAUAAUGUGGGCCCAGAAGAAGUGUUGUACGCUAGUGAACUUGCACAACUAGAGGCAAUGGGUUUUCAUGAUACCCGUAAGAAUCUAGAAGCUUUGACCGCCACCAAAGGUAACGUUCCUGCUGCUGUUGACCGCCUACGUGGCAGUCAAUAG